CUCAUCCAGGACAACAAAGCAAAUAAUCAAAUUACUUGAUUGCAAGUUUGGAGUGAAGAAAAAUGUCGAACUUCUUGCGGCUUUGGAAAUGGGGUUCAGGGAUUGUCCAACAAUCUCAGCAACAUGGCACCCUCCCAAGCCUUGCUCUUGGUAAUCCUUGUGGCCCGUCAACAUUGGCCCUGGUACCGGUGGCCGGAACCAAGGUUCUGCUGCUAGGGGUCUUAACACUUUCAAUGCACCAGCCAAUCUGGCAUCUGGAUUUCCUUGUUUUUAGAGUUUUACUUCAUGCACUUUCCUAAUUAUAGCAGCAGAAGUUGAUGGGAUUACCUAUUAAGUAACUCUUAAAGCUAUAAAUAUUAAUAAUCAAUUCUGCUUUUU